AUGUCACAUUCUGAAGAAGCAUCUGAAUUCUCCGUUGACAAGUCCGCCCCUCUUCCUCUACACAACCCCAACAUGGGCCAGUCCAGUCUUGACGAUGCCCCAAGGAUGGAGUUGCUGUCGCCUCCUCUAGAGGAAGAGCAGUUGGCCUGGACCAAGAUUCGCAGCCAAUGCCAGGAUUUCUUCUCAGAAUUCCUGGGAACCAUGACCCUGAUCCUCUUUGGUGACGGCGUCGUCGCACAGGUCGUCUUGAGCGGUGGUACCAAGGGUGACUAUCAGAGCAUCUCCUGGGGCUGGGGAAUCGCCGUCAUGCUCGGCGUCUAUGUUGGCGGCAAAUCCGGCGGUCACCUCAACCCAGCGGUGACCUUUGCCAACUGUCUGUACCGCGGCCACCCUUGGCGAAAGCUCCCCGUCUACGCCCUUGCUCAGCUCCUGGGAGCCAUGACGGGUGCUGCCAUUGUGUAUGCCAACUACAAGUCAGCCUUCGAUGCCUUUGAGGGAGGCGCUGGCAUCCGAACCGUGACCGGCCCUACCGCCACCGCGGGCGUCUUUUGCACGUAUCCAGCCCCGUUCAUGACUCGGACGGGCAUGUUCUUCUCCGAGUUCAUCGCCAGCAGCAUCCUCAUGUUCGUCAUCUUCGCCCUGGCCGAUCCCAACAACAUUGGAGCUGGAAACCUGAUGCCGCUUUGCCUCUUCUUCCUCAUCUUCGGCAUUGGCGCUUGCUUCGGCUGGGAGACUGGUUAUGCCAUCAACCUUGCUCGUGAUUUCGGCCCCCGAUUGGUUUCGUUCAUGAUUGGAUAUGGCCAUGAGGUGUGGUCCGCGGGCGGUUACUACUUCUGGAUUCCCAUGGUUGCCCCAUUCUGCGGCUGCGCCUUUGGCGGAUUCCUAUACGACGUCUUCAUCUUUACCGGAAACAGCCCCAUCAACACCCCGAUGCUGGGUCUUCAACGCCUGAUGCGACCCCGCAAGAGCGUGUGGUCCAACACCCACCCGUCAGCCAUUGAGACAAAGGUCUAA